UGAUUUUGCAUUUCCAGGUAGGGAGAACUGUUUGUAAACAAUACAGUUCUUCUCUCUGUCAGCUCGUGCACACUGCUUUGGAUGGCUGUGCACAGCACAACCAUCCAAAGCAGUGUGAUUACAGUGAAGCACCAACACACAGCUCAUAGUAAAACAGCACACAGUUAACCCUUUGAUCGCCCCUCAUGUUAACCCCUUCCUGCCCAGUGCCAUUAGUACAGUGUCAGUGCUUUUUUUUAGCACUAAUCGCUGUAUUGGUGUCACUGGGGAUGUCAGUGACACCAAGUCAGUUCCCUCCAAUGUCAGAAUGCCCACCGCAGUCCUGCUAU